AUGAGCACACCAACUGUGCAGGCCGAGAAGGCCUACGACAUUCCUACCGUCUCUUUCCGCGUCAUCACGGACGACAAGUCUCUGCUGUCGCCCGCAGGCGUCCAUUCGGAACAAGCUCGGUCAUAUGGAUACAACGACUUCUCCGACUUCGAACGGCCAGAGCACUAUAUCCGUUACAUCGAACCUAUCGAGUCGGAACUUGCAGUUCAGGUCGAGUAUGACAUGGACGAACAAGGUGGGUUGGUCGCUAGCGAGCCUGCUAACCCGCCAGAUCAGGAGUGGCUCGACGCUAUCAAUGCCGAACGCAAGAAAGACCAGUCCGGCCCCGUAUCAUACGAAGCGUUUGAGAUCAUCAUGGACAAGCUCGAGAAGGAAUGGUUCAACUUGAUCAAGCGCAUACCACAACCCGUCUCCCACCUGCCCGUUGAGGAUUCAAAGUGCGCCAUCUGCGACGACGGCGAGGGGGAGAACUCGAACGCCAUUGUCUUCUGCGAUGGAUGUAACCUUGCAGUCCACCAAGACUGUUACGGCGUUCCCUACAUCCCCGAGGGCCAGUGGCUCUGCCGCAAGUGCACAGUGUCGCCAGAGAAUCCCGUCUCGUGCCUCUUCUGUCCCAACGAAGGAGGCGCCUUCAAACAGACGACAACGGGCCACUGGUCUCACUUGCUGUGCGCCAUCUGGAUUCCCGAACUGGGCGUCGGCAAUUCCAUUUACAUGGAGCCCGUCGAGGGUGUCGAGCUGGUGCCAAAGAACCGUUGGAAGCUUAUUUGUUCGCUGUGCAAGGAGCGCGUAGGAGCUUGCAUCCAGUGUGUCAACAAAAGCUGCUUCACAGCAUUCCACGUGACCUGUGCUCGCCAAAUGGGUCUGCUCCAAAGCAUGAAACUCAUGGGCGAUGGACAGUUGGAGUCGUAUUGCGAGAAGCACCUUCCUCUAGAAUGGCGUGAAGGGCGCGAGGACAUGUCGGACGCCAAUGAUACCGACUAUCACGACACCGAGGAUGACGAGGAAGAGGAGGAUGUCAUCACCCCCGCCCCCAGGAAGCGUGCACGCAAGAACUCGACGACAGCAAGGGCAGUUGUCACACCAAAGACGGCUCGUGCCCACGCCAAGUCGUAUCGCCCUGGACCACCCAUUGUGCCCAGGAUGAUCAUCAAUCGUCUCAUGGAGUACAUUGCCAAGGUGUCGAUCCGCAAGCGACAGCCCUUCAUUGAGCGUCUCUGUCGCUACUGGAGUCUGAAGCGCGAGGCCCGACGCGGCGCCCCGCUUCUCAAGCGUCUCCACCUGGAACCGUGGACUGCCACCAGCGAGUCAAGGGAACAGACUGAAGCCGAGAAAGCAAAGAAGCUCGAGUUUCUCGUCGCCCUGCGUAACGAUCUGGAAAAGGUCCGCCUGCUCGCGGAGCUGGUCCGCAAGCGCGAAAAGGAGAAGCUGCGACAGGCCCAAGUCCUCGCGGACAUUGUGGACAACUUUAUCCUCCCCCACUUUGCGACUCUGCGGACAACUCUGGGCAAAAUUGUGGCGAUGGACCGUGGGGAGCUGUUCCUCAAUCCAGUGACAGUCGAGGAGGCGCCAGACUACUUUGACGUCAUCAAGGAGCCCAUGUCGUGGUCGGGGAUUGAGGCCAAGCUGGACAAGGUCGAGUACCGCUACAUUGACGAGUUCAAGCACGAUGUCCUUCUCGUCCUGAACAACGCUACACUGUACAACAAGGGCGAGACCCCGUUCCACCGUACCGCCGCGAGGAUGAAGAAGAAUGUACAGCCGCUCCUCGACGAGCUCGAUAGCAUUCGAGACGAGAGCCUCCUGCUCUCUGUGUCAGAAGGCGACGAAGGACUGGCGGAGGCCGAGCCAGGAACUGUUGGCGAUCUCGAGACAUCUCUUCUUCGUCUGAAAACACUCUUGUCAACCGACCCGACGGACGACACACGGGACAUGCUGGGAUCGAUCUUUGCGUUCGAGGUCGAGAAGGCCAAGACCCCAACACCUGUUGCCCCGGCUCCCGCAGAGGCACAACAACGCCAACAGCCGCAACAGAAGAGCUCGCGGCGGAGACAUCAGACGGCCGCUGAGAAGGCCAAGUACUUUGAGAAGCAAGCGGCAGCGUACAAGGAGCGUUUGAGCUUGGGCGGUUCGACCCGCAAAUCCCGUGCGGCAGCUGUGACAGACGGCGACGCCGGUGGCACCCCGCCGCCUCUCGAGUCACUCCCUAUGCCAACACCAAACCGACGCCGCGCGGCUCGAAAGGAUGAGCUCGCCGACGACGAACAAGGUGGCGAACCGUCUUCAGCUGCCAGUUCGCCUGGUACCAUCAAGCCAAUGCAAAGGCCUCAACGCGGUGUUCUCGGCGUCCUCUCCGUCCCUGUCAUGUCCGACCGCGAGCGUCGCGCACGGGAGAAGGACCUCGAACUGGUAACGGAGAGUGUCGACCCGCUUGACGAGUACAAGCGCUUCAACGUCGGCUGGAUUUUACCCGAGGGGUCGAAACGCAGGCGCCCACCACCACCGCCAUUACCGCUGAAGAAGCCGUCCGCGCCAAAGACUUCCUCGUCCUCGAGAGGAAACGCCCCGUCCACGGAGCCAAGUAUCCAAGGUACCGAACUCAGCCAUACUAGCAAGGCCAGUCAGGCCGACGCAGACGAUCACCAUGACCGGAAGGGCAAGGGCCGUGCCGAAUCGCAGGACGUGGUCCCAGAGGAUGUCGAAAUGACACCCACCGUGUCCAACAAGCGCAAGCUGUCAGAGGAGGCCGACGAGGUCUCCAAGCGACCUCGACCGGCACCGCCCGCAGACGACAGUGACGACGAUAUCCUCACGCCUGUCCCCGAGUCAGCAGAACCUAGUGCUGUGGCUGAAAAGUUCUCAUUACCCGACCGGUCGAGUUUAUCUCCCCUUCCUGACGAAGAGUCAUCCAAGGAGGAUUCUUCUGAGGAGUCACUUAAGGAGGAGCCAACGGAAGAGCCUACAGAAGAGCCUACAGAGGAGCCCACAGAGGAGCCCACGGCGAACCCCACGGAGGAGCCCACCAAGGAUCCCACCGAGGAGCUCACAGAGGAGCCUACUGAGAAGCCCACCGAGGAGCCCGAGGAGCAGACCAAGGCGGAGCCUGAGGAAGAGACUAAGGAGGAGCCCAAGAAGGCAACAAAGAGGAAGAGGGAUGACUUGUAUGCGCCAGGAUCGCAAGUGUGGGCCAAGAUCACGUCAUACCCUUACUUCCCGGCCAUUGUGGUCGACCAUGUCGGCGAAUGGGAGACGGUGCCACAGUCAGUGCUCGACUUGGAAGAGCACGAAACCGAAGCACAUGGCAAAGUAUGGCUUGUGCGCUUCUACGACAAACAGCGCAGCUAUGGGUGGAUGGCGGCGGACAAGCUCGACAUGCUGGGAACGGACGACGAGCUCGACGAGCUGUACCUGGCGGUGGGUUUCUCCAACGUAGUCGUCGCUGACCCAACAGGGCAAAGAGCGCGGAAAAAAGAGCUCGAGCAAGACCUUCAAGUCGUCGCAUGUCAAGGCGUCGUGCAAGAAGGCAUAUCAGCUGCACUGCAAGGAGAGUCUGCAGGCAGCGUUUGA